AUGAUGAAGAAAAAGAGAGACCUGAGUAAAGCAUGGAUCGGUCUGUUCAGAGACAGCUGGAGGUGGUCAGAUGGGAGUGAUUUCUCUUUCAGAUACUGGGAUAUGGAGUUAUUCAAUGAUACACAAAGCAACAAGACAUGUGCUAUGACUCUGUUAAACAGAUCAGGAAAAUGGAGCUCUGAUGAAUGUGACAAAGAAAAACCCUUCUUCUGUUAUGAUGCUAUAACAGAUAAAACGAUCCUGAUCAAAGAAAACAAGACCUGGGAAGAAGCCUUGAAUUACUGUGAAAACAACUACAAGGGGCUGGUUUCAAUCACCAACCCUGAGGUGCAGGGAUGGGUCCAGGAAACAGCCAAGAAUGCUGACAGUCCCUAUGUUUGGAUCGGACUGAGCUACAAAUGCACUCUGGGAUUAUGGUUAUGGGUCAGUGACUACGUAGUCUGCUAUGAGAAGUGGGCCACAGAGGGGAAGACUGAAGGGUGUGACAUGUCUGUAGGCGUGGACAGAGGAGGACAGCAUGAGUGGAUCAGUCGCAGGAAUAAUGAGACGUAUAAUUUCAUUUGUUCUACACAGUAAGUUUUAAACUCACUUACUGCUGGGUUAACCUGAAUCUUACUGCUACUGGGUUGCCAAAGUAAUCCCUGCAUUUAAUUAAGGGAAAUUAUCUUACG